AUGGAUAUGUUAAAACCGUUGUUUGGAAAAGGUGACAAAAAUCCGGCGGAUGUUGUGAAAAAUUUGAAAGAUGCACUUCAAGUUAUUGAUAGAGUUAGUGAACUUUUUUUUAACCCUUUUAAAAUAUUCUGGGCAGCUAGAAAUGCUUAUAUUUUAAAUGAAAAAUACGUUUUAAAAAUAUGGUUUGACAAAUUCUAUGAGUUAGAAAUUGUUUCAUAUUUUCUCUUUGCAAAAUCAAUAAUUUAUAAAAUUUGAACAAUUUUUCAAAACAAAACUCUGAAAUUUUUAACUUGUUGGAGUUGGUUCUCUAAAAUCUAAAUAUAGUUUUUAAAAAAAUUUAUUCCGACUUCGGAAAAAAAUUUGAAAGAAAAAAUUACGUUUCAAAGCUAUUAGUUGAGAAUUUCCAAGUGCUAGAUAGUGUUCCUUCUAUUUUUCGCAAUGAUAAACGAGCUCUGAAUUUUGAAAGAGUUUGUGUAAAAUUUUUCAUUCUCAAAAUAAGUGCCACAAAUUAAUUUUUACAGUUCAACGUAACACAAAACGAACGAAAAUGCGAAAAAGCGAUCGAAGAAGUCGGCAAAAUGUUGGGACUCGCCAAAACGUUUAUCUAUGGUUCUGAUGCAAAUGAACCAAAUAAUGAUCAAGUCACGCAAUUGGCACAAGAAGUUUAUAAUAGCAAUAUCUUAUUGUUGCUCAUCAAACAUUUGCACAAAUUCGAAUUCGAAUGCAAAAAAGAUGUGGCGUCGGUUUUCAAUAAUUUGCUCCGUCGACAAAUUGGAAAUCGAUCACCGACUGUUGAAUUUUUGGCAGCGAGACCUGAAAUAUUGAUUACACUUUUGUUGGGGUAAGGUUUUGUGGAAAAAAAUUAGGGAAAAAUAUUGUUUUCAAGUUUUUUUUCUUUAACAACGAAAUUGGAAUGUAAUUUAAAAAUCGAAAGUCUUGCCUAAAUAUCUCCUUUUCAGCUAUGAGCAACCAGAUAUUGCUCUAACAAGUGGUUCAAUGCUUCGCGAAGCAAUUCGACACGAACAACUCGCCAAAAUCGUGCUUUAUUCCGAAUAUUUCAAUCGAUUCUUCAUUUUUGUUCAAAGCGAUGUUUUUGAUAUUGCCACUGAUGCAUUUUCGACUUUCAAAGAUUUGAUGACAAAACACAAAAAAUUGUGUUCUGAGUAUUUGGACAAGAAUUAUGAUGCGUUUUUUGGUGAGAUUGUUUGGGAUAUUUUUUGGGCUGAAAAAAUGAGUUCCAUAUUGAAUUUUUUGAAACAUUUUUUGUAAAUCAAAAUUUCUUCACAAAAUUCACCCGUCCCAUUUUGCAGAACAAUAUGAAAAAUUGACAAACUCGCCAAAUUAUGUGACUCGUCGACAAUCGUUGAAAUUAUUGGGCGAAAUGUUGUUGGAUCGACACAAUUUCAAUACAAUGAAUAAAUAUAUUUCGAGUCAAGACAAUUUGAAAAUGGUUAUGGAAUUGUUGCGCGACAAACGAAGAAAUAUUCAAUAUGAGGCAUUUCAUGUCUUCAAAAUAUUUGUGGCGAAUCCCAAUAAACCAAGACCAAUUUUUGAUAUUUUGAAUAGGAAUCGCGAGAAAUUGGUGAGGAUUUAGCGGAAUUUCGGGUGGAAAUGAAUUAUUUUUCAAAGUUUGAACAUUAAUAAGAUUUUUGCUUUCUAAAAUACAUGCAAAUCACCCCAGAAAAAGUAGUAGUAGCAUUUAAAUCUGAAUUUUUCUUUAAUUUUUAAAAAUUCAAAAUUUGUAACUUUAUGUGACGACAAAAAUUUCCAGGUCGAAUUCCUUUCAACUUUCCAUCAAGAUCGAACCGAAGACGAACAAUUCAAUGACGAAAAAGCAUACUUGAUCAAACAAAUUCAAGAACUCAAAGUAUAA